AUGUCUUCUCGUUACGCAAGUGAAGCCGCCAGCCCGGAGCCACUGGUUCAACCCUUGUCUUUUCCCUUUUCCACCAAAACAGCCAAGAAUCGUUUCUUGAAGAGUGCAAUGGCUGAGAACUUGGCGACGUGGAGUGGAAGCGAGCCAUCCAAGAGGGGUGUUCCCACACCAGAACUUGUUGAAGUCUAUCGCCGUUGGGGCGAAGGUCCAAAUAACUUUGGUAUCAUCGUCACUGGCAACAUUGAUGUCGAGUUCGACUACAUGAGCAGCAUUGGCGACAUGAUCAUCACACCCGAGUGCAAGCCGGAGGGUGAACGAUUUGAGGGAUUCAAAGCUGUUGCUGCGGCCGGCAAGGCCGAUGGUAGUCUCAUGCUGGGCCAAGUCACCCACGCUGGAAGACAGGUUCAGAAGAAGAUCCAGCCCAACCCGAUUUCGGCGUCGGCAGUUAUCCUCGAACCCAAGAUGGGCAUGGAAUCCGGCAAGCCCCGUGAAGCGUCCAAGGAAGACAUCAACCGCGUUAUUGAAGGGUUUGCGCAUGCCGCCGAAUACCUUGACAAGGCCGGCUUCGACGGUAUCCAGCUGCACGCGGCGCAUGGCUAUCUCAUCGCUCAGUUCCUAUCCCGCACAACGAACCACCGAACCGACGAGUACGGCGUCCAGACGCUCGAGAACCGAACCCGUCUAAUUGCCGACAUCGGAAAAGCAAUCCGCGCGCGGACAUCUCCUGAUUUCAUCCUCUCGGCAAAGCUCAACAGCGUCGAGUUCCAAGACGGCGGCGUUACCCCUGAGGAGGCCCGCGAGCUUUGCGCAUUCUUAUCAGAGCUCGGUUUCGAUUUCCUCGAGAUUUCUGGGGGCACGUACGAGGCGCUUGGCAUGUCUUGGACAAAGGAGUCUACUCGCAAGCGGGAGGGGUUUUUUUUGGAGUUCGCCGAAACGGUCGUCGCGGGCCUGGGAGACCGCAACUCCCGCAAGACCAAGGCGUACAUCGUAGGCGGUAUGAGAACCGUGGGGGCCAUGGUGAAGGCCCUGGAUAUUGUCGACGGCGUUGCCUUGGGUCGGCCUGGAGCCCAAGAGUUCCGGAUUGCUUCGGACAUUCUUGAAGGUCGUAUCACCGGGGCAAUUCGCCCAGUUCAAAUGAUGGAGGACGAUUUCGGGUUCGGACUCACGGCGGCGGGCGCGCAUAUCCGCCAGGUCAGCAAGGGGCAGGAGCCCUUUGACUCGAGCGAUCUUGCGGCUACCGGAACCUUUGCAUCGGACAUGCAAGCCUGGUACCAAGAUAUGAUUGCUGACGGGGAUAAGCUUGAACAUCAUGGCGGUGUUGACUUUUCAGGAAAGACGGUGCCUUAUGGAGGAGGCGUUGCGGCAGCCCAGGCGUCAGAUCCACUCACCUCGUUUAACCUGCUCCCAAGACAAGUUUUCACCUGCGAUCUCUGUUUUAUCAAGAAGAUCAAAUGCGACAUGCUCAAGCCCGCAUGUUCGAACUGCCUGCUGUAUAAGUCAGAAUGCCGGACGACAACUGUGAGGCGGAGAGCACCUCACCCAAAAGAACGACCACAGCCUCCAAAACAGAACGAAUCUGAAAAUCCAACGAGAGUCUCUGAGUUAGAGAGACGUCUAGCGAGCAUAGAACAGCAAUUGCAGCAAGCCCUCGACGCCAACCGUCAACACCCCAACCAAACUUCUACCCAGACUUCAACGGCACCGAGCUCAACCGAGAGUACCAUUGGACGUGGGGAAUCAGCAGAGAGCAUUGAGUUUGUGGACCAUGUGUCCAGCAGUGAGAGCCCAAGUGAAUGGGUGACGGAGCCCGAGAAACCCAAACUACCGCCGCUCGAGGAGAUCAUGCCCAUUAUCGACGAGUUUUUCAACCGCUACAACUGCGUCAUGCCGCUCUUUGACCCGCCAACGUUCAUGCGCAUGUUGUCAAAUUGGUAUGUGCCUUCUUCAGGGCAGUCCACGGCAGUAUGGGCAGCAGUCAACAUCGCAAUGGCGCUAGGGUAUCGCUGUACUUUGAAGGAGCAAGGUAACUUGGACGCUCUGGUGGACGACCAGAAAGUGAUGUAUCACAUGCGCAACGUACAAUCUGUCGUGUCCGAUUUGGUCACGCGGGAAGAAGAUCUCCUGGGCCUUCAGGUCUUGUUGGGAAUGGUGGUGCUGUUCCUGGGGACGAAAGACCCAAAGCCAGCUUCAGUCCUGAUUGGGACUGCCGUGCGUCUGGCACACCGCAUGCACCUCCAUGACAAGGAAUCGCUUCAGUACUUCUCGCCAGAAAUUGCCCGACAAAGAGCGAGGCUCUUCUGGAUCACUUAUAUCAUGGACAAGGAAAUCAGCUUAAAGUCCAAGACGCCAUCGUUUCAGCUUGACGUAGAUAUCGACUUGCCACUACCAGAAAGAGACCCGGAAGAUGGAGCAGGCAUAGUGUUUGCGAGAAACGGCAGCAAAUUCAACUACUUUCGAGCUCGGGUGGAGUUGAGUCACAUUGCCGGCAAGGUCUAUGACCAACUAUACAGCACACGCGCUCGAAAAGUGUCUCAGCAAGACCGGCAACUAAGGGUGACGAGGCUCGAGGAGAUGCUGGAGAACUGGCGACGCAAUCUCCCACCUGAAUUCCAGAUAGACUCGGCACUCCAAUGUCUCGAUUCCCUGCCGAUAGUGCACAUGUCGCUCCUUUACCACAGCUACUUCACGGCGAUGGUGAUGACGCAUGGGAUCUACUCGCACGACGCGGACUGGGUCCGAAGGAUAAGCUCGUACAGUCAAAUGACGAUCAAAGAUUUAGAUUCGUCCCCGAGCUCGUCAUGCGGACAUCAAAACCCCCCUCUGCCGCUCGGAUGGGCCAAGUGCGCGGAGCUCAGCCGCAGUUGCAUGAAGUUGUUCGUGGAGUCGCCCAAGACGGAUUGCAGCAUCUGGUCCAACUCGUGUGCGCACUUCUCCGGCCUGAUCAUUCUCCUGGCCAACAUGUUUGUGUUCCCGGAUCACCCACAUCUGAUGACAGACAACGAGCUGGCCAACCAGGCACUCCGGCUUUUCGAGCUGAUGCUGUCGAUGAAGAGUUACGAGGACUACGAGUCCUUUCAUAGACUGCACGAGGUCGUCAAGGAGCUCCAUCGACGUGCGUUGGAGGCUGUGGAGGAGUUUACAAGAAAACAAAAGGAGCAGGCAGAAGCAGCAGCCGCCGCAGCUUCGGCCAUGGAUACCGGCUUGCCGUUUGGGGCCCAGCUCGAGGAUGAAGUGGAGUUCUUCCGAGAUGCCGAGGCGGCAGCCUUGGAGGGGCCCUUCGUUGGGACGUUUGUGCCGGCAUCACCGUUUGCGACAACAUCGUGGGGCUUGGAAGGGUUGCAGGGCGAGGUAGGCCAGGUGCCGUCACUGGCAACGUACAGCCCUUACUAG